UUUCUCCCCAUCUGCCAUUUUGGUUUUGUUCCCGUCUGCAGUCCCAGAGCCAGCAGCGCAAUUACAUUGGAGAGGCACUGGUACAUAGUGACUCGACAAUAUACAGCGGGCGCCCCUAAUCUCCGUUUGUGUGUUUUUUUUAUUGAUUUUAUCGAAAUAUCCAGUCGUCUCUACGAGUAAACGCAGCGACAGGGGAGCGGCUUCGCAUUUGUAAAGGACCGAGAAGGAUUAUUGAUGUCCAGCUCGCCGCUGUCCAAGAAGCGUCGCUUGUCAGGAACAGAGACGAAGACGGGAUCCCACUGCUCAUCCUCUAACUCUGUCAGAACUGAUCUGUCCCACACACCUGCCAACGGCAUGGCUAAAAAUGGUAAUGACGCUGAGAUUGAUGAAGGCCUGUACUCAAGACAACUUUAUGUGUUGGGCCAUGAGGCGAUGAAACGCAUGCAGAACUCCAAUGUCCUGAUCUCAGGAAUGAGAGGACUUGGAGUGGAGAUUGCAAAAAAUGUGAUCCUGGGAGGUGUUCGAAGUGUCACGGUGCAUGAUGAAGGUGUUGCAGAAUGGAGAGACUUGUCUUCACAGUUUUACCUCCGAGAAGAGGAUUUGGGAAAGAAUAGGGCAGAAGUCAGCCAGCCUCGAUUGGCUGAGCUCAACAACUAUGUCCCUGUCUCCUCUCACACUGGAACGCUCUCUGAGGACUUUCUAACCAGAUUCCAGGUGGUGGUCUUGACUGAAUCCUCCUUAGAGGAGCAACAGCGAGUGGGUGAGUUUUGCCACGACAAAGGGAUCAAGUUCAUAGUUGCUGACACACGUGGUCUUUUUGGCCAGCUUUUCUGUGACUUCAGUGAUGAAAUGAUUGUGUAUGACACAAACGGGGAACAGCCGCUGAGUGCCAUGAUUUCCAUGAUCACAAAGGACAGUCAGGGAGUGGUGACGUGUCUAGAUGAGGCCCGUCAUGGGUUUGAGAGUGGAGACUUUGUGACUUUUACAGAGAUUCAGGGUAUGACAGAGCUCAAUGGAUGUAAGCCUAUUGAAAUCAAAGUUCUUGGUCCGUACACCUUUGGUAUCUGUGACACCACAGGGUUUUCAGACUAUGUGAGAGGAGGAAUAGUCUCUCAGGUUAAAAUGCCCAAGAAGAUUUCUUUUAAAUCAAUUUCCUCCUCCUUGGCUGAGCCAGAGUUUAUGGUGACCGACUUUGCUAAGUUUGAGCGCCCUGGACAACUGCACAUUGGAUAUCAAGCUCUUCAUGCAUUCCAGAAAAAACACGGUCAUCCUCCUGUUCCUUGGAGUCAGGCUGAUGGAGAAGAGCUCUUGACUUUGGCCAAAGAAAUCAACUGUGCACAGACUGGGUCAGCCAAAGUGGAGGAGCUGGAUGAGGCUCUUCUGAAGAAGCUGUCAUAUGUGUCUGCUGGAGACCUGGCCCCUGUUAAUGCCUUCAUUGGGGGUUUGGCCGCUCAGGAAGUCAUGAAGGCCUGCACAGGAAAAUUUAUGCCAAUUGUGCAGUGGUUGUACUUUGAUGCCCUGGAGUGCCUGUCUGAAGAAGGAGCUGUGCUCACGGAGGAAGAGUGUGCACCUAGAAACUGCCGUUAUGAUGGACAGAUUGCAGUUUUUGGCUCAAAGAUGCAGGAUACUCUUGCCAAACAGCGAUACUUCCUGGUUGGAGCUGGUGCCAUUGGCUGUGAGUUGCUGAAGAACUUUGCUAUGAUUGGACUGGCAUGUGGAGAAGGGGAGGUCAUAGUGACAGACAUGGACACCAUUGAAAAGUCCAACUUGAACAGACAGUUCCUCUUCAGACCUGCUGAUGUUACAAAAAUGAAGAGCGACACAGCUGCUGCAGCCGUGAAGCAGAUGAACCCUUCUAUCAAGAUCACAGGUCACCAGAACAGAGUGGGCCCAGACACCGAGAGGGUCUAUGAUGAUGACUUCUUUGAGAGUCUAGAUGGAGUUGCCAACGCUCUUGAUAAUGUUGAUGCUCGUAUGUAUAUGGAUCGAAGAUGUGUUUACUACCGUAAGCCCCUGCUUGAAUCCGGGACUCUGGGCACUAAGGGAAAUGUCCAGGUCGUCAUCCCGUUCCUCACAGAGUCCUACAGCUCCAGUCAAGACCCCCCUGAAAAGUCAAUCCCCAUUUGUACCCUCAAGAACUUCCCCAAUGCCAUUGAACACACUCUGCAGUGGGCACGGGACGAAUUUGAAGGACUGUUCAAACAACCAUCAGAAAACGCCAUGCAAUACCUCACGGAUCCCAAGUUCAUGGAACGAACUCUAAAACUUCCAGGUGCCCAACCUGUGGAGGUGCUCGAGGCUGUUCAUAAGACACUGAUAACAGACCGACCUCACAGCUGGGUAGACUGUGUGGCCUGGGCUCGCAACCACUGGCAGUGCCAGUACAACAACAACAUCCAACAGCUGCUGCACAACUUCCCUCCAAAUCAGCUCACUAGCUCUGGUGCCCCCUUUUGGUCUGGACCAAAGAGAUGCCCACAUCCUUUGGAAUUCAGCACUAGUAAUGACCUCCACAUGGACUACGUAAUGGCAGCAGCAAACCUGCAUGCUCAAAUAUAUGGGAUCCAGGGCAGCACAGAUCGGGCUGGUGUAGUCAAAAUCCUGCAGGACGUCAAAGUGCCGGUGUUUACUCCUAGAUCAGGCGUCAAAAUACAUGUUUCAGAUCAAGAACUACAGAACAGCAAUUCUUCAGUUGAUGACUCAAGAUUUGAAGAGUUGAAGGCGCAAUUGCCAACCGCAGAAACUUUCAAAAUAAAACUGUGUCCUAUUGACUUUGAGAAGGACGAUGACACAAACUUCCACAUGGAUUUCAUUGUGGCAGCAUCAAAUCUGAGAGCAGAAAAUUAUGACAUUCCUCCUGCAGACAGGCACAAGAGUAAAUUGAUUGCUGGCAAGAUCAUUCCUGCCAUUGCCACAACCACCGCUGCAGUAGUGGGUCUGGUGUGUCUGGAGCUCUUAAAGAUUGUUCAAGGACACAAGAAGCUGGAGACCUACAAAAACGGCUUCAUGAACCUGGCUUUGCCUUUCUUCGGUUUCUCAGAACCCAUUGCUGCUCCCAAACACAAGUACUAUGAAAUUGAAUGGUCUUUGUGGGAUCGCUUUGAGGUCACAGGAGUGCAGCCAAAUGGCGAGGAGAUGACACUCCAGCAGUUCUUGGACUAUUUUAAAAAUGAGCACAAGUUGGAGAUUACCAUGCUUUCUCAGGGAGUGUCUAUGCUCUAUUCCUUCUUUAUGCCUGCUGCCAAACUCAAAGAGAGACUGGCUCUACCGAUGACAGAGAUUGUGACCAAAGUGUCUAAGAAAAGGCUGGGCAAGCAUGUCAAAGCGCUAGUAUUUGAGCUCUGUUGUAACGACCUGACGGAGGAGGACGUAGAGGUCCCCUAUGUGAGAUACACCAUCCGCUGAGCUGCUGGUACCAACGCGGCACAGGCGAUCCUGGGGCAGACGGGAUGUCCGGGUGGGAGGGUUGAUCUGCGUCAGCUCGGGGAUCAAAAUCUUGUUUUUUUUGGCCUGUGUUUUGUACGAACCGGUGCCUGAGUGUACAUAGCCCCGGUAAAGCUGACUCCAGGAUGUGUUUCUUUGUUAGGAUCCAGUCUGUGUUGGGUUAUGUAAGGAAGAGGGCAUGUAAACUGGACCAUACAAAGCAGACUGAUUCUUAAAGAUGGUCCUUGCACUCCCAGUGGGCCUUAAGCACCUACAAUUAAUAUUUUGAUCCACACACUUUUUCCACUUGCUCUCUUCCUUACUUUACCCCUGCCUCUUUUCCCAAUACUCAAGAUAUUUUUAACAUGCAAAGUUUAAGUGAGAAAUCUCCAAAAAAUAAACCUGUUAAAUGUCCCACAGCCAUUGUUGCAGCCCAAAUCCUCAAGUCAAAGCGUUAAAAGCCCAAAUUCAAUCCUGAUUUAAGUCGGCAGCACUUGUGUAUCCAUCUCAUCAGCAGUGGUUCUGUGGCACUGGCAGGGCUCUUGCACAACCUUUCUCCAGUUUGAUUUCCCAUUUUAUUUUUCUAUGUGUUUAAGGUCAGGGCAGAGUUUGGGUGCACACCUUGUAGAUCAUAAACUUUCUACUUUUAACUCCAAAUGGAAAAGUGUAUAAGCAAGGCAAUGAGACGUAUCUUGAAAUGGGAGCACUUAGUGUGAUAGUGAAAAUAAACAUGUUAUACAGCC